AUGGACGCCUUGAGGAAGCAAGCCAGCAAAUUCAGAGAUCAAGUCGCUAAACAACAACAGGCCGUGAUAAAGCAGUUCAGUACGAGCGGCUAUGAGAGCUCGGAAGCUAUGGUUAUUGAUGAGGUUGAGCUACAGAUGCAUCAGCAAUUGGAGAAACUUUACAGAUCCACUCGUUCUGGAAGGGAUUUUCAGAAAGAUAUUGUCAAAGCAGCUGAAGCAUUCAGUGCUGUAGGUUAUAAACACAUUGAAGCUGGAACCAAGUUGUCAGAAGAUUGUUCCAGAUAUGGAGUUGAGAAUGCUAGUGAUGAGAUUCUUUCCAAAACUGCAUCCGUAUAUGGGGAUGCUCGUAAACAUGUAGAGAAGGAGCAAGAAGACUUCAAUAGAUUAUUGUUUACACAGGUGUUAGAACCCUUGAGAGCAAUGAUUACUGGUACUCCUCUGGAAGAUGCUCGUCAUCUUGCUCAACGAUAUAGUAGAAUGAGACAGGAAGCAGAGGCACAGGCUGCAGAAAUUGUUAGAAGACAAGCCCGCGUUAGGGAAUCCCCUAUUCCUGAAAAUGUGGCUAAGCUUCAUGCUGCCGAAACUAGAAUACAAGAACUCAAAGCAAACAUGGCAGUUCUUGGUAAGGAAGCGGCAGCAGCUUUGGCCUCUGUUGAAUCACAGCAGCAAAGGCUUACAUUCCAGAGACUUGUAGCAAUGGUUGAAGGUGAGAGGACAUACCAUGAGAGGGUUGCUACAAUUCUUGGUAAUGUUGAAGCUGAGCUGGUCUCUGAGAAGCAAAGGAAAGAAGCAGCUCCUCCUGUUGCCCCUCUUCAAAUCUCUGGGAAAACAAAGUACUUUCUGGCUGAGGCAAUGCAUUGUUUUGAUGCUACAUCAGACAAGGAACUUAGCUUGUCAGUCGGAGAUUUUGUUAUUGUUCGGAAAGUGAGUCCGUCUGGAUGGUCCGAAGGAGAAUGCAAAGGCAAAGCAGGAUGGUUCCCGACUGCUUAUGUGGAGAAACGUCAAAGGAUUCCCACAAACUAUAGUGCAACUGAAGUUUAUUGA